UUAGGAGAAACAACUAACAAAGGCAUGUCCUGGAGCCAUUACAGACUCAAGUACACCUCUCACAGCUACCUUUCAACACUGCCAUAGUGCUUGGCAUGACAGAGGCACUGAGAUUCUCAGCGGUCACAAGCAAUUUAUAUGUUGUGUGUAUAUGUGUAUCCGUUGCCAUGCUGAUAAUGAAGGCCUUAUUUUCAGCAGAGACGCUCAUAUGAGAAGACCCAUUUCAAGCACUUUAAGUAUUUUCCCCUUUGUUGCACCAGCAUGGCAGGGUUCAAGCGAGGAUAUGAUGGAAAAAUUGCUGGAUUAUAUGAUCUGGAUAAAACCUUGGGUCGAGGUCACUUUGCAGUAGUUAAACUCGCCAGGCAUGUCUUUACAGGUGAAAAGGUAGCAGUGAAAGUCAUUGACAAGACGAAGCUAGACACUCUAGCCACUGGUCAUCUUUUCCAGGAGGUGAGGUGCAUGAAGCUGGUGCAGCACCCAAACAUCGUCCGUCUUUAUGAAGUCAUAGACACCCAGACCAAACUGUAUCUCAUUCUAGAACUUGGAGAUGGAGGAGACAUGUUUGAUUACAUAAUGAAGCAUGAGGAGGGUCUUAAUGAAGACUUGGCCAAGAAGUAUUUUGCUCAGAUAGUCCAUGCUAUAUCUUACUGCCAUAAACUCCAUGUGGUUCACAGAGACUUAAAACCAGAAAAUGUAGUCUUUUUUGAAAAACAAGGUCUUGUGAAGUUGACAGACUUUGGCUUCAGCAACAAAUUUCAGCCAGGGAAGAAGCUCACUACAAGCUGUGGCUCUCUUGCAUACUCUGCUCCAGAAAUCCUGCUUGGCGAUGAGUAUGACGCCCCUGCAGUAGACAUAUGGAGCCUGGGCGUGAUCCUUUUCAUGCUGGUGUGUGGACAGCCGCCCUUCCAGGAGGCCAACGACAGCGAGACCCUGACCAUGAUUAUGGACUGCAAGUACACUGUGCCGCCCCGUGUGUCUGCGGGGUGCAGGGACCUGAUCACACGGAUGCUGCAGAGAGACCCCAAAAGGAGAGCCUCUCUGGAAGAGAUUGAAAGCCACCCUUGGCUCCAGGGAGUGGACCCCUCACCAGCCACCAAGUAUAACAUCCCCCUGGUGUCCUACAAGAACCUCUCGGAAGAGGAGCAUAACAGCAUCAUCCAGCGCAUGGUGCUCGGGGACAUCGCAGACCGAGACGCCAUCGUAGAAGCCCUGGAAACCAACAGGUACAACCACAUCACAGCCACUUACUUCUUACUCGCUGAAAGGAUCCUGAGAGAAAAGCAAGAGAAGGAAGUACAGACCCGAUCCGCAAGCCCCAGCAACAUCAAGGCCCAGUUUAGGCAGUCAUGGCCAACCAAAAUUGAUGUGCCCCAAGACCUUGAGGAUGACCUCACUGCCACCCCUCUGUCUCAUGCCACAGUCCCACAGUCUCCCGCUCGGGCUGCCGACAAUGUUCUUAAUGGCCACAGGAGCAAAGGUCUGUGUGACUCGGCCAAGAAAGACGAGCUCCCGGAGCUGGCUGGGCCAGCUCUGUCCACUGUGCCACCUACCAGCCUGAACCCUGCUGCCAGUGGCCGCAAGUGUCUCUUCAGGGUAGAAGAAGAUGAAGAGGAGGACGAGGAGGACAAGAAGCCUGUGUCCCUGUCCACACAGGUGGUGCUGCGCCGGAAGCCGUCGGUCACUAACCGCCUGACGUCUCGAAAGAGUGCCCCAGUGCUCAACCAGAUCUUUGAAGAGGGCGAGUCCGACGAUGAGUUCGACAUGGACGAGAACCUGCCGCCCAAGCUGAGCCGGCUGAAGAUGAACAUUGCUUCGCCGGGCACGGUGCACAAGCGCUACCACCGCAGGAAAAGCCAGGGCCGCGGCUCCAGCUGCAGCAGCUCUGAGACCAGUGAUGACGACUCUGAGAGCCGCAGGCGGCUGGACAAGGACGGCGGCUUUGCUUACUCAUGGCACCGGCGUGACAGCAGCGAGGGGCCACCGGGCAGUGAGGGCGAUGGCGGCGGCCAGAGCAAGCCUAGCAGCGGUGGUGGGGUGGAUAAGAGCAGCCCAGGCGAGCAGGGCACGGGCGGUGGUGGCCAGAGUGGCUCAGGCGGGACCCCGUCGCCCCGACUCCUCAUCUUCCCCGGCCUCGGCCUCCGCCGCUCCCCGUGGCGCGGAGCUUGUGCAGAGCCUCAAACUUGUAAGCCUGUGCCUAGGCUCGCAGCUGCAUGGCGCCAAGUAUAUUCUGGACCCGCAGAAGGCCUUGUUCUCCAGCGUGAAGGUGCAGGAGAAGUCCACAUGGAAGAUGUGUAUCAGCGCCCCCGGCCCCGGCCCCGCUGCGGACCUGGACCCUGUGAGGACCAAGAAGCUGCGCAACAGUGUGCUCCAGCUCCCUCUGUGCGAAAAGACCAUCUCUGUCAACAUCCAGCGCAGCCGCAAGGAAGGGCUGCUCUGCGCCUCCAGCCCUGCCAGCUGCUGCCAUGUCAUCUGAGCUGUCAAGCGCGCCGCUCACUUCAUCUGUUCUGACGUGACAAUGCAUGGUCUUUGUGCAUGCUGCUACACGCUACUUUUCUUUUCCAGCCGAAAAGUCUACUGUGUGAUUUUACAUUCAUGAUUUCAAUGUGGAUGACCAGAAUGAAAUUGUAUAUCUGGAACCCAACGUAAAUGGAGCGCUUAGAAGUCCAUGUUCUGACUUAACCUGGAGGGAAAAUGCUUUUGUUUCCUUGUGAAAAGCCCAAAUUCCUGUCUGACCUCCGGUGAUAGGGAAACUCCAUGCUCUGAGGCACACCGAUGCCCGAGACAGAACCAAAGCAAUAACGUGGUGAUGGCCACAGGCCUGGGAGGAGCCACAGCCGCUGCCAGCCACCCAGGGCCUGUGCACCAAGAACCUAGCCACGGUUUGAGCGCCCACACCUGUUUGUCUUAAGCGAUAGUGUAAAAACAGUUGGGGCUCUUACAUUUUUGUUAACAAAGAUUUUCUUGUUUGAAGUAGGUGAGAUCAGCUACUUAGGUUUGUGAGGCAGCUUCCCCUGUAGAAUUACAAGGAGACAAUCUUUUGUGAGGUGAUGAGGUGAACUCUUGUCUUAACUACUUAGUGUGUCUGUCUGACAGAACAUAAAGAGGCUCCACUCUGUGUAAGUUUCCCCUGCAGGACACAGCAGGGUUCCUUCACACCUUUGGAGAGGUGCCUGCCUGCUGCAGGAGCCACAGUGCACACAGAUGGCAGCAAAAAACAACUUCCUGGGGUUUGUUUUCCAAGAGCGUGGUGGCUAGGUGGCCUCUGGCUUCUUCCAUUCCAUGGCAGCGUUUGGCUCAGCCAGAGAGAGCAGCCGCAGAGACACUGCUCAGGAAAGGGUAGAGCCAGAGCCCAUUCUGUGGGUGCUGUGCUGCCUUCCUGUCACACACUGUCAGCUCUAGUCUGGACUGAUAAAUCAUUUCCCAAGCUAUCUUUUCUGAUGUGCUGUCUUCCCCAAUCUUGGGAAGCCAAGAUGCUGGUUUUGUUUUUCCACAUUGUGCCCUACGGGUUUUGAAAGCAGUACUUACAGGUGACCUGUGGAUAGGUGUGGCUGGGCCAGCUUCCUUUCCUGACUCUGAGUGGCAGCAGAGGUGCAGCUGACCAUGUCAUUCAGAGCGGGCAGGGCACAGGCCAGUCACCCCAUUCAGUGCUCUCUCUGCUACUUUAGGGUUAGUGUAUAUUACUCAGAACUUCCCAGUAGACCCUGAUACACUAAGUAAAAUGAAACUUAAGAUACUCCCUAGACCUAGGCUAACGCUCGUGCUUUAAGCUACAGUCUUGUUCAGCGUGACGUUUAUAGAGUUGAAAGCGAUGAAGACAGAUGUGUGGGUGAAGCCAUAGAACACAUUUGCUUGAAAUUCUUAAGCAGGGAUCUUCAAAGGGCCAGAAACCAGUGUGGCUCUCAGAGACAGUGAGAGCCAUGUCUGUGUGAGCGAGGAGAGAUGUUUAUAAGGGGCAUUGCAAUAAACUUUGUCGCAGCCGUUUUCCGAGUAAUGUACAUACUCUUGUGUGGUCACGUCUAGCCUCAGACUAGCACCUCUGAGCUCAGCCGUGUGCGUUUGGUCUCCAGUGGUUUUAUAUUCAGGUGUAUAUACGGUGCUCACUUUAGAUCAGCAGUGUUGGCCAUUUAUGCUGCAGAGCUGUAUCAUAGCCUUAUUAGUUGUGUGUGGUUGGUGACCCUUUGGGUACAUAAACGUCUGUCCAUUGUUGACAAGUGGAUGUCUGUGCAUGUGUUGUAUGUCAUGGGGUGUCGUCACAGGGAGGGAGCAGAGCACCAUCACACCAAUAGUGGACCAAACUACUUGUUGCUCUAACCAGUGACUUGUCCCCUAACCUGUCCUCAGAAGUCACACAGUUAAAGUAGUGUAUAAAUUAAAUAUUGUGGGAAAAGUUAGUCUUGUAUUUUUCUGUGUGUACAUAUAUAUAUAUAUAUAAAUAUAUAUAAUUAUGUACUUCUGGAAUUCUAUCUGUAUUUAAAGAUGUGACAAUCUUGACACCGAUUUUAAUGGUCAUGAGACUGAACAAAGAUGUCCUACCAAGUCAGAGUUGGUGUGUGCUGAGAACACACACUUGUAGGCUGAUUGGUCAGUUGCCUCUAGUUCUGGCCAGUCUUUCUCCUUGUGUUAACAUUGACAGGUAUGUGACAGAUGGGAAGUAACCCAGUAAUAAAGUGAUAUACUGGUGUUCAGCAAUAGAA